AUGCACGCCGCCGCCCUCCUCCUCGCCCUAGCGGCCCUCCCCACCGCCCUCUCCCGCCAGAUCCCCGACGCCCUACAAUCCUUCUACGACACCGUCAAAGACGGCCACUGCCCCACCACGCUACACAAAGGCCUGCACAAAAACGCCGACUCGCGCGACAACUUCCGCUACUGCACGGACGACUCCAGCAACCUGAUGUGGAUCGCGGGGCCGUCGAGUCUGGCCGACAUGGACGUGGACUGCGACGGCGCCAACAACUCGAACGGCGCGUGCCAGGACGACCCCACGGGGCAGGGCGUCACGGCCUUCCAGGACCAGGUGUCGGGGUUCGGGAUUGCCGACCUCGACGCGAACCUGCACAGCUAUGUCGUGCUGGGCACGGGCGGGUUCGAUCCGCGCCAUGAGGGCGUGCGCAGCCUGAGCGUGGUGGCGGUGGUGUGCAAUGGGGAGUUGUUCUACGGCGUGUGGGGAGACUCGAAUGCGGACGACCUGGUCGGCGAGGCGAGCGUGUCGCUGGCGACGGCGUGCUACGGGAACCGCAUGAACGGCAACUACGGCCAUGCCGAGACGGACGUGCUGUAUCUGGCGUUCCGCACGGAUGAGGCUGUGCCUGGGCGGAAUGCGUCGUGGGACGCCAAAGAUUUCACCGCCUUCGAAGACUCACUCUACAACACCGGCGACGCAAUGCUGGCCAAAUACCUGCCCGUUGCGAACGGCGGCAGUGGCGGCAGUGGUGGCAGUGGUGGCAGUAGCGGCGGGAAGGGCGGCGAUAGCGGGAAUGGCGGCGAUAGCGGGAAUGGCGGCGACGAGGAUGCGGGCUUCAGUGUGCAGGCCCCGGGAAUCUGUGCGUUGCUGUUCCUUUUGGGUUUUGUGGCAUUGGUGCAGGCGUAG